GAAAUUGAAACCACAAACGCCUUUCGUACUUUAAGAACAGCCAGUUGAUCUUAAUCUAAUCGUUCAACAUCAAUAGCUUUAAGUCACAGUUACGGACAUGUAACCAAAGUCACGCAAAAGCUGCGGAAAAACAACAAAAAUUGUUUUGUUGUUUCAGGUUCUCUAAUCAAACAAAUUAGAAAAUUUAAAUUUAUUUGAAAAUAAAAUUUUAGGAAAAAAAUGGAAGAAAUUUUCUAAAUUUGUUUUAUUUCAGUUAUUUAACCGUAUGGGGGGCGAAGUUUGAACUUGUAAGAAAGAGUCGUCAUUUCCGGUUUUUGCUCCGUCAAACCAGCGAUAUGAAGCCUCCGCUUCCGGUGACGCUUCCUUUUCGGCAGCGGCUAUUUCCUCGCCAACAUGCCACUUGCAAAAGACUUGUUGCACCCGUCCCCUGAGGAGGAGAAGAGGAGGCACAAGAAGAAGCGCCUGGUCCAGAGUCCCAACUCUUACUUCAUGGAUGUGAAAUGUCCAGGAUGCUACAAGAUCACCACGGUGUUCAGUCACGCUCAGACGGUGGUUCUGUGUGUGGGAUGUUCAACGGUCCUGUGUCAGCCCACCGGAGGCAAAGCCCGUCUCACAGAGGGUUGCUCGUUCAGGAGGAAGCAGCAUUAGCGGCUCUGAACGGGAGAGGAGGGGCUGGACCGGUCGACGUCAGCGCGUCCCACCCCCCACCAUGGAGGCGGACCGGACGGCAGAAGGGUUGCUGCUGUAGCUCCACCUUCCAACCCGCUCUCUCUUAAUAAAUGUUGUUUUGGCUAAAA